AAGGCAGUGCACCAGCAUGCGUGAAGCCAUCACUCCUGAGAAGCGAGUCGGCAUUGCCCUAUACAACCUGUGCUCGUCAGCCGAAGAUAGGACUGUGGCCAACCUCUUCGGCGUUGGACGCUCGACAGUAAAUACCUUAUACAGGCAGUUUUGCGAGGCUGUUGUCGCUGUACUGGAACACGAGUGUAUCAAAAUGGUGACCGCAGAGGAAACGGCGAGGCACAUUCAGGAAUUCGAGGCCGUCACCGGUUUCCGCCAAGGCGUCGGAGCCUUGGAUGGAUGCCACUUUCCAAUCUCGCCACCUAAGGGGCAUGUCACAGACUACUACAACUACAGAGGCUGGUAUAGUAUCAUCUUGCUGGCACUUGUGGAUCACAUAUACCGCUUCAGGUAUAUCAACAUUGGAGCACCUGGACGCUGCCAUGACUCGCACGUGUUUGGGUAUUCGCAAAUCUCCAAUGCUAUUAAGGGUCCCCUUUUUAAAGCUCCACUUGCCACCAUAGCCGGGACAGUAAUACCACCACUGAUUCUGUGUGACCAAGCAUUUUCAUUAGCACCCAGCCUGAUGCCUUAGCAGCCGAGUGUCUUAGCGUCCAGACCACCAUGGCAGGUAUAUGCUUAGUAAUCAUUUCUUUGCCUUUAAUGUGCGAAAAAUGGUGAGAGCAAAAAGAAAAGAAAAUUUCAAUGUGUUCAUCAUAAGCAGUAAGCAAUGCAUGUUAAAAUCAUUCGUGGAAGAAUUAAAUAAGUAUAUUAGGUUCAUUUCCUCUCGUAAUGUUGCACUGCCAUGACGAGAAAUGGAGCCUGAUAAAAAUAGACAAAUGGAACGAGGAAUGAUGGAUGUAAAAAAUGGGAGCAGUGAUGAUUAUGGAGCAAACUGCUGUAGGUAAUGGAAAAGUGAUAAUAAUCAGGAUAUAUUGGUGUAGGAUUGAUUACUCUUGUUUUCUUUGCAUUAAGAGUUGGUACCAAGAUGCAGCAAGAGCAUUUGAGUGGCUGAGAACUGGAUGACGGCAUCAAAUUGGGAAACUCCUAGACCUGUGUUGAACAGCUGGCAAAAAAAAAAAAAGAUGUAGGGGUUUAACAGAAACAGAUCGCUGGCAGCGAGAUGUAUUGAUCCAGUAUAGAACAUACAAUAUGCCAAUGAAGACAAAUGAUAAGACUUUCCAAGAACAAUAUGUGAAUGGAACUGUCUUACUGAUACAUGUGAUGAAUAAUCACCCUACCAGACAACCCUCUUCGCCCUUUAUUGUUUAGUUUUGCAAUUAUUUAUAUUUGCAUUAUCACCCUGCUUGGACCUUGAGUCUGUAGUAUUGAAUAAAUAAAAAAUAUGGUUACAUACUCUAACAUGGCCCAUUGUGUUUAAGCAGUUGCUUACUGAUCACCUCACGCUGUAAUAUUCAUUACCACCUUACACUGUUCUUCAUGUCUUGUUAAAUUGUAAUGUUAUUUUGCAGCUAAACAGGUAAUCUGUUUCACUGAGCUGUGUGUUUCAAAUUUAAGACCUGACGAGUCUCAUGUCUAACUUUCUAUAUUCCCUACCCCCUUAUGUAAUACCCCAACAGGGGCCUUUAAGGGAAAAUAAGAGAUGAUGACAUAGCAUG